GGCAUUAGUCGUCGACGAGCGAACUUGAGGCAGUUGAUUGACUCUGUUCGAUCCUCUCCCGUCCACGCAAUUGAUUCACCACAGCGCCGUCACCCACAAUGCGGCGGACACUGCGACUCCUCGCCGACAUCAAGCCCGCUCGCUAUCUCGAAGCGGGCAACCCGACCGGCCUGACCGGCCUGUACACCCACAGCUCCCCGCGCUCGUCACUCCUGUUCCUGUACUCCCACACACUCGACAAGCUGCAGAAGUUCCCCGAGUCGUCGCUGUACCGCAAGUCCGUCGAGGCCCAGACGAAACAUCGCAUGUCUAUCGUCGAGGCCGCCGUACCCCCGGGAUACCAAGAGUGGGCAGAGCGUGCACAGAAGACUGUCAAGGAGAACCCCGGCCAGUUCAGCAUCUCAACCAGUGCCAAAAUCGACGGUGCUAGGGCUAUCACCGCCGUAUCCGGCGGCUCUGUCUUUGUCCAUCGCACCGACCCCCAACCCCAGGACAUACGGUACGAGGAAUGGGAUGGCGAGCGUAUCACUGAGGGAGACGAGGGACUACGUGGUCCUGAGGAGCGUGAAGACCCCCGUCUGAGCGCCGUGUACGAUAGGAAACCACUGGAGUCUCCUGACAAGGUCGAGUGGGAAGCUGAGCCCCAGAUGACUGCCGAUCAGGUCGAGGAGAUCGAGAAUAAGAUCGGCGCCGGCUUGAUCGAAGAAGUAGUACAGAUGGCUGAGAGCGAAUUGAAGCUCAUCGAUAUCAUGUACGAGGCAAAGGUAUGGGAAAGUUUAGAAGAGAAGCCGCCGGCAGGUCAGUGGGAGUACUUCGAGCGAGUGGCACCAUAAAGAUACUCGUCCCAGGCGGAACGAUAAGAGAGUAUAACCCCGAAAAGUAGACCUGUUGUACCAGUAGAGGAUGGGUGCAUUAGAUGGCAUUUGUACAUACAAACAAACGAACUGUGGAUUCAUUACGCAUGUCUUCGCAAAAUGGCGUGUGUAAUACAUCACAUCAAAUUUCAUCGAAUUGUUCAAAGUGGUUUGAGCGCUGAAGCGUAUGAGCGAGCAGCUUGAUGUACAAAUGAUCGGCACACAGAAUGAAGAUGUCGAUUUGCAAGUUCCGUCAUUUCAACUGUAUAGCAUGCCUAUAAAUCUUUUCACUUCAUAUAGACGUAGCAUAACUAGUAGUCUACUAACUUGUUAGGAGUGUAUACGGUUAUGAAAGAAUUGGAUCUUGAGCUAGCAUUUUUUA